GCGGCCUGCCACAUGCGACCAUCGUCAUCGGCGUCGCUGGAGGCGAUGGCAGAGCUACCGUCUACACCGCAGACUGCUGUCUUCCAUGUGGACCACAAGCGGCGCAAGAUCACCCCAGAACGAGCAAAGGCCAACUACGUCCGUACACAGCUGUUUGACUGCGGUUGUUGCUCGCUAACUGAAAGCUGAUAUACUCUCGUAUGUCCUCGACUUGCUUGGGCAUGGCUGCAUCCACCAAUACCAUCUAUUUCGUCUUGUGUGUAUGCAGCUUUGUGGGCAACUUCGAUUGCGGCUGCAAUAUGCCAAGCUCAAAGUCGAACAUGGAUGGCAACGACAAACACUGAAUGAAGUUGAGAAUUUGUACUUCCGUCACACACACAAAAGUCGGCCCCACACAACACCAAUGCCCGGUGGACGACGUUCGGCGGCCUCGACUUCAGUUCGCUAUACACCAAACACACUGUUCCCAAUCAACGAGUAUCGUCACGACCACGAUACCGCUUCAGAGCAGAACGCUCAGCAUCAGCAUGAUGGUGAGAGGUCUUACUUGGAACCAGCCGUUGGGAGCGGGUCGGUUUCAAUUGGUAUCGACGAAGUCGCUCCAUCUACACAAAAGAUCAUUUCUUCCCCAACACCUCCUGCGGAGACACAGGUGUCACCUACCGCUCACGUUCAGCGACCUCACAGCGUACAAAGCGGACCCGACUCGGGAACGCUCGAGCAAGCUGCGGCGUCGAUGUUCAGCCCACCCCAGCCCGUUGUAGCUGAACACACCGCGUACCAAGUUAGCACUGCCGGAAUGGCUGCGCCGACAGUGCCAGAUGCGGCUUCACAUCCGCCGUCCAACGGAGUCAUACCCGAACACGUCCAGUUCGCCCACAUGCCCUAUAGCAGGAGCGAGCCCAGCUUUUAUCAACCGAGUCAAGACUCGUUCUACCCUGCCCAGACUCCAUCCUUCCAGUUCGAAUUCCAUUACCAUACCCCACAUCCUAUGGCCCCGCCACCACCACAUGACUACUCUCAACCACAGCUGCCACCGCCACACGUACCACCUCAGACCCCACCAGAGUCUCCUCAAUCACACCGUCCCCAACAAGGCACUUUCCGCCCCAUCGCGCCGGCGACCCAGCCCGCGCAGGCAUCCGCUCCUGCAAACCCGACCCUCACGUACGACGCGUUCUGGUCGUCGCAUUCGUCGUCCACGCAGUACCGACACGUCCUGUUCAACUCCUCGGGAUCGCCGUACCAGAGCGCGGGCGUGCCCACUGCCAACGGCCGGCCCGCUUAUGGUGGUACGAACGGUUUCCCCGCUGGCGGGAUACCUGUCUCUGCGCCGAUGCCGACUUCCGGUCUGUCUGACGUCGCGGCGAUCCAUGCGGCCCCGACACGAGACGCAUAAAGCUUUGAUCUAUACGAGACGACAUCUAACUUAUAUCUGCAGAUUGCUUUCGCGCAUAUAUGCUAUCGUUCAGUCUAAUGCUUAGCAACCUUCACGCAUGGUCACUUACUCUGUAUCAUCUCAUCUGCCAUCGACGCCUGCCUUUGUAUACCAACGAAUAAUCUCUUCGGUGUCAUAUAGGCGUUGCUCGCGUAACGCCUUCCAUCUCAUCUCGAAUCGUCAAAAGCGUCGCGCAACUUCCGUUAUCUAAGUGCCGUUGUGUGCUCUCCGCGUCAUAUGCUGCUCUGCAUUUGCCGUCCAGACGGAGGCGGCGGAGAGCUGCCUUAACACUGUG